CAAUCCCGCAGUCUAAUCCAGAGAGUGAGGAUGCACAGCAGCGGUGAUAUGUGUCGAAUGAACAUCGGCUAACUACUUCUUUCGGCUGUGAUUGACAAAAGCCAGCUAACACUUUGUUCAUCCAGCCCUCAGAGACCAUUGUUGAACCUGAAACCGUCGGUACAGAUCUGAUCCAGAGCGGGACCUCGCAGACGUUACGUUGGGACAAUGGAAUCUAACGUUAUGCCGGACAGUAUCCGCCCUCAGAGGCUACAGCCAGGCAUUGGGUUCGGUUCAGGACCGACCGGGACCCUCCGCUCCUCUCUCCGUCCCGGGGUUACGGUCCCCAUCGCGCCGCUGCUGCCCUCCCCGGCCUCUCUGGCCGCUUCGUCCGGGCCUCCUCCUCCGCCGCCUCCGCUGCAGCUCCACAGCCUGUACGGCGGUAUCGGAGCGGGGCUGGGGCAGGGGGCUGCCGGCCACUGUAACCCGGGGAACCCGGCGGUGCUGAAGGAGGCGGUGGAGGCUGUGGUCCGCAGCUUCGCCAAACACACACAAGGUUACGGCAGAGUAAACGUGGUGGAGGCUUUACAGGAGUUUUGGCAGAUGAAGCUGACCAGAGGGGCCGACCUACGGAACGGAGCUCUAGUUGUUUAUGAAAUGGUCCCAUCCAACAGCCCGCCAUAUGUUUGCUAUGUCAGUCUUCCUGGAGGCAGCUGCUUUGGAAGUUUCCAGUUCUGUCCCACCAAGGCAGAGGCGAGACGCAGCGCUGCCAAGAUUGCCCUGAUGAACUCUGUUUUCAAUGAACAUCCCUCUCGACGCAUCACAGACGACUUCAUUGAGAAGAGCGUCAGUGAGGCCCUGGCGUCGUUCAAUGGAAACAGAGAAGAGGCUGAUAAUCCCAACACAGGAAUUGGGGCAUUUCGCUUCAUGCUUGAGUCCAACAAAGGAAAAUCCAUGCUGGAGUUUCAGGAGCUAAUGACUGUGUUCCAGCUGCUGCACUGGAAUGGGAGUCUCAAAGCCAUGAGAGAACGACAGUGUUCCCGACAGGAGGUGCUGGCUCACUAUUCCCACCGGGCUCUGGACGAUGACAUGCGCACUCAGAUGGCCGCUGACUGGGUGAACCGGGAACAGAGUGUGGCAGGCACCAUUGCUCAGGAGGUGGCGUCAACGGAGCGAGAACUGGAGGACGCCAGGCUUGCGGGCAGAGAACUGCGUUUUUACAAAGAGAAGAAAGACAUCCUGAUGUUAGCUGUGGGCCAACUCAAUGCAGCCAACACUGCCACCCUGCCCUCGCACUAAACCUGCCGUCCGUUGCGGAAACAUGCCUUCACACUCCGUAGGAUUCCUGGUAACAGUAUUGAUCACUUUAUAGAUAUAAAGGUGCUUCGUCUGAACUUUUAGGUUUCAUAUCUUGUGUUUCGUUAUGAGAACCAGGUAAUCAGGCCUUGAAUUACAGUAUGCACACCCGUCCAUAAAACCGACACCUGCCACUAUAGCCGUUACCUCUUUGUGCCUAGUGAUUACAGGAUAACAGUGCUUUUCAAAAAUAACCUGUAAACUUGCUUGGCAUUCCAACGGACUGGGGUUUACUUGUUUUUUUCAUUAUUUCAAAUUGUAUUUACUCCAAGUAGACCUACAGAAACACAGCCUGCCUUUCAUCAGUGAAUGUACGGGACAUAAGUUAAUAUGACCCAUCAAACCAAACACAUUCGAUCAAAGUAUGGAUCAUUCUGAAGUUUGUUUCUUCAUGUUUGGAGUGUGUUUGUUUGCAUAUAGUAUUUUGGACUCUGGCAAGUGAAGUUGGAAAAACAUAUGGGUCUUUAAAACCUUUAUGGCAAGUACCCUAUGUCUGUUAAUGAGAAGAAUAUCUCCACAAAAACAGUAAUAACCCUAAUGUAAAUACGUGGAAAUUGCAUCCUCAGAUAAUACCAGAUUUCAAGUAAGCGUCGAAACAUAACUAUUGGCUCAUGUAAUAAUUUGUGGGUACUUUGCUAAAAUGUCAGCAGGUGACUGAUUGCUCUGACAGCAGCUCAGGUUAAAAAAAACAGAUAUUGAAUCAUCACUAUGUUUCUUUUUGUUUGUUAAGGCUUUUGACAGUUAUUUUAGUGUUCAUUUUAUGCUUGGUGAUCAUGACAGUAGCUGAAUGUAUAUUUUCAGUGUGCUAUCAAUGAAAAGAUCUGCAUAGCGAUGCUGUUUAACAUGUAGACGACUGAAUUACUCUUGUGAUACACGCAGGGCUGUACCGAAUAGUUCGGAGGUUCAUUCAUAACCUUGAUAUUCAAAUUCUAAAUCAACAACAAUUUUUUGCAUGCUGUUAAAACUCUGUAUUUCUGCCCAGCUGCAGAUAAAGAUCAGGCUGUACUAAUAUUAUUAGUAUUAUACUAUCUGUAGACAUAGAUUCCAGUGGUGGCUGUCUAGGAUUGUUUCCAACUCGUGAUCCAAAUAUUUCCAGUAACUCCCGCUUCCUUACGCCACGGGAGGGGCUGCUGAAGACUUGUUGGAGGAGCUGUUGAUGAUGCCGCACAUGCCACCCACUGGCGGUGGAUAAACAGGAAACAGCUGAUAGCAGGAAUGAGCAGCUAGUAGCAAGAGGGAAACGCAAACCUGACAGACACUGUAAAGAUGAGCAACUGAGGAAACAAGGAAUUGCGCGCCCUCCUUGCCCUUGCAAACAAAGAGGCUAUUAACGAGGCCGUCGUCGAAUGGUGAAGGACGGGCCAACUUACGAGAGAAUUGCCGAAGGACAGACUCCCUUGGAGUACAUCACCGUUUACGUCACACGCUGAGCUACACGUUUUGUUACUUGCUCACGCCCCCCAUUGCCUCGCUGCACUCCCCAAUUUUGAUUUUAUACUGCCAAUGCUGAACGAAGAUGGAUUGGGCUUUCCUGCAAAUUUGCACAAUUCCUAUUUAAAAAGGGCUAGAGAAAGAGUUUAGCGGGUAAUACCUUCACCAUCCAAGGAAACAGAAAUUUACGAAGUCAACACCUUUAUCAGGAUGGUCAGUUAGCACGAGGGUGCCCGGUUAGCACGAGCCAACACAGCAACAGUGGCUGCCAUCCAACACCGAGCCGUUAAACGGUCCCAACAAACUCACACAGAGACCAAACUUGUUGGUUAAUGGUUAAUGAUCAAUUAACGAGGGUCAGCUAUCGGUCACAAAAGAAAAAUUAUAAAUUAGCAUCCCUAAUGUGAUCAUGUGCAAAAUUCACAUUGUUACCAAACAAAAUAUUUUGCUUUAAUUCAUAUUUGUUGGCGGACUUUCGGUACAGCCCUAGAUGCAGGUUGUGUUUGUCAUGUGCUUUUUAAGAGUUGUUGCCUAGUAGAUUAACAUUUAGGUCUUGAUCUCAGCAGAAACAAAGAAUAGCAAUGAUGUGGAGGUAAAAUGUGAAGGCCAAAAAAAAUGAGUGGAGGGAUCUUUUGUUUUUAACAAGUUGAUUCAUGAUGUGUGAGUCAUUGUAGUCGGCACAAAACAGUCCCAGCUCUUGGUGGUUUAUGUUGUUUUGACAUACUGGAGGCAGUGCUGGUGUGUAACAGUGUAUGUAACUCGCACUUCUCACCUUUCAAAUGUUUUUAUGUUGAAGGACCUGAUUUAUACUGUAAAUGUGAUAUCUUUAUAUUUCUCUAUGUAUCUAAAAUGUAUUGAAUACAUUAUACGGAUGAAGGUGUUUCGGUGAGUAGCCUUUUAAAGACCCCAUGUAAUGGAAGUGAGAGUUUAACUGAUAAUAUGCAGCUCUGGCUGGAUGGAAAUGUGGGCAGUGAGUUACGCAAGUUAAACAGCAGGAGGGCUCAUUCUCACUGCUGAAUGCUGGAUUGUCAACAGCAGAAACUGAUUACACUAAAUUUGGGGGAAACAAAGACGCAGAGCUGGAGUGUGAUUAAAGCCAGAUCCAGUUUUAUUAUUUUAUUGCUGUGUCUCCUCCCUGGGAUCAUUGUGCCUUCAUGAAAUUGGCAACAUGCAAGAAAAGAAAGAAAGUUUAAUUUCCUUUAAUGAGGUCUUUAAAAGACGUUAUACUCAGCUUUACUUGUUUUUGUCUUUAUGUCAUUACAUUUAAAGGUAAAAUUAUAGACACCAUGCUAUAUUACUGCGACAGUACCUUAAAGGAAUAGUCCAACAAUUUGGAAAAUUUGCUUAUUCACUUUCUGGCAGAGAGUUAGAGGAGAGGAUUGAUACCACUCUCAUACCUGUCCUUUUAAUAUAAGGCCACAGUGAGCAGCCCGUUAGCUUAGCUUAGCAUAAAGGCAGUAAAAAGUCGAUUGCUUCGGUUUGAGUUGCUGAGUGGUGGAUAUAUUGGCAGAUGUCUGCCUUCUCUUCAGUAUAUCCUCCUGAGACCUGAACUUUUGUUUGGUAUGUGUUUAUAAUUUCGCCUUGUUAUUUGGGAUCAGUAGAACCUAAUAAGUAUAAUAAAAUGAAACAUUGUCAACGAUAAUAAAGUCCCAAUGUCCUCCAACAAGUACUUCCUAAUUAAAAGUGUCUUAGCUUGUUACUCUUGCUAAAAUUUGAUCAAAUUUGUUGCCCUAUUUGAAACCACAAACAUCAGAAAAAAGCAAGUUUCAGCCAUAAAAUGUGAUGAGGUUUUGGACCUCGUCCACUUUAGUGUCAGGAUCGGCUACAGACUGACUUGGCAGAGAUGGCUGCCAUUUUGUUUUUACAUGGAUUAGUGUAUUGUGCUCUUACUACCACUAGAUGGCACCACAAAGUGUCCACAAAUGAGGACAACAGGUCUAAGUUAAGUAGAAUGAAGUAUAAGGUCAAGAAACCCAAAAUGUGAUUUCCUCAUAUGAGGACACAGGGUCUCAGGAGGAUAUGGAACUAGAUGGCACUGAAAAACUCAUCAGCAAUGUCUCAUGAUCUAGUUACUCAAGAUAAUCCACAGCCCUUGUGAGCAGUUUUAUGUAGGAACCAUUUUCUUGUUACGGAACUACAUUCGCUAACCAUAUCACUGCGCAGAGGGAUGCGUGUAUUUAUUGCUAGCUAAUGUUGCAGCUGCACCAACGCCAUUAAUCAUUACAUCAAAAGCACAUGCCUCUUUUCAGUGAGCAGGCGCACGCUUUCCUCUGUGGGUGAUACAGUUGGUGGGUGUAGUUUAGUAGAAAGAAAAUAGUUACAACAUGAAACUGCUCACAACAAGGUCUGUGGAUUAUCUUGAGUAACUGGGUCAUGAUUUCUGGAAAGAGACAUUACUGAUGAGCUGUCUUGAAUUUAAUUUUUUGGCACUUUGAGCACCACAAGCCGAGUGCCAUCUAGUUCUAUUAUAUUUGAGAGAAGGCAGACAUCUCUACAGCUGAUAUCAUCAACACUCUGCAACUUACCCCAAAACAAUAGCACUACAGGAAAGAGGAAAAAUGUGUAUACUUGAUUUUGGGGUGAACUGUCCCUUUAAUAUUCACAGUACAUACAUGAAAUUGGUAUCAGUGUUUUCAUCUAACUCUCCACCAGAAGGUGAAUCAACAUAUGUCCCAAAAUGUUGCACAACUCCUUAAAUAUGUUACAUGACAUUAGCUUAUGAAGGACUUAUUAAACCUUACUACCUUUGGUAUACAUUUAUAUUCAUUUUAUAUUCUUUGUUUGGUACUCAGCUUGCAAAAUAUGCGUGCAGCACAAGGAGGAAUAUAUUUUUUUCUUCUUGGAAAAGACCCCGCAGCUCUUUUCAGUGAAUACUGAAAAAUUAAAUUUGAACUUUGAACUGAUGGAGCGAAACACUUUGACCUCACAAUUCUGCACCUCGAACCCUGCUAAUCUCACAUCAUCCUUGUUUUCUGAACUCAUCAGUGAUUUUUUUUUUUUUUUUUUGGUCUCAUGAUCCAGUUUGCUAAGAUUUACAAAGCUGAAAUGUAAUUAGGGAGAAAAACCCAAUGAGUAUUUAAAUGGGCUGAUUACAGAGACUGAAGAUCUUGAAUUUAUUUUUAUUUUUUUUUUUGGCAUUUUCUCCCUAAUUCAGAUGCUUAUUAUGUGUUUGAUUUUUGACUACAAGCCAUUAAUCUCAGAGCUCUCCUACAACUGCCUUUAACCUUUCUUUGUGAUCAUUAUCAAUGAAGGCUUUUUUAAACAAUAUAUUUUUUUUGCUAUCCAUUUUAUAAACAAAAAAAUCUUGGGCUUUUCAUCCUUUGGUUUUGAUGCAUGAUGUGUUGAUUAAGUUUUGUUUUGAUAUGUUUCAUAUUCUUUACAGUAUUGUUUUAUAAAAGUGUUUCUGAACGCCCUUAUUGUAUGUAUUUUCUAUGAACAUUUUGUAUUCCGUGUUUAUACUUUUAGUAGAUUUCUAUGAUGUAAUAAAAUGGCUCA